AGCCCACAAUUUCAUAUCCAAAUUCAACUACUAAACACAAACCACGUCACACAGAUUCUCUCUCUCCCCUUCUCUGGCUCCUUCUAGCAACUAGAACAAGAGUCUUGAUCAGGAUAUGUCGCUGCUGAGGAGGAGGAGGAGAAGGGGCGGGCAGGAUGAGCCGGGGAAGACGGCCGACCCGGAGGAGGAGGAGGAGGAGAAGCCGGAGCAGCGGAGAGCGGAGAAGAAGAAGUGGUCUUGCUUGGACAGCUGCUGCUGGUUUAUUGGGUGCGUGUGCGUUACGUGGUGGAUGCUGCUCUUCUUGUAUAACUUGAUGCCUUCCUCUUUUCCUCAGUAUGUUACCGAGGCGAUAACGGGCUCGCCUCCCGACCCUCCCGGGCUCAAGCUGCGGAAGGAGGGCCUGGCUGCGAAGCAUCCAGUGGUUUUUGUGCCCGGGAUUGUGACCGCAGGAUUGGAGCUGUGGGAGGGGCAUCAGUGUGCUCAGGGGCUCUUUCGGAAGCGGUUGUGGGGAGGUACAUUUGGUUCUGUUUACAAGAGACCUUUGUGUUGGGAGGAGCACAUGUCGUUGGACAAUGAGACCGGUUUGGAUCCAGGCGGUGUGAGGGUCAGGCCUGUAACCGGCCUCGUAGCUGCAGAUUACUUUGCACCAGGAUACUUCGUGUGGGCGGUUCUAAUUGAAAACCUUGCUCAAAUUGGAUACGAGGAGAAGACCAUGUACAUGGCCUCAUAUGAUUGGAGACUCUCGUUUCAGAACACAGAGGUGCGCGACCAGUCACUGAGUCGGAUAAAGAGUCACAUAGAACUGAUGGUUUCCACCAACGGUGGCAACAAGGCCGUCAUCAUCCCUCAUUCCAUGGGAGUUCUGUAUUUUUUGCACUUUAUGAAGUGGGUUGAGGCACCUGCUCCCAUGGGGGGAGGUGGUGGGCCGGAUUGGUGCGCUAAGCAUAUCAAGGCCGUGAUGAACAUCGGUGGGCCAUUAUUAGGCGUCCCAAAAGCUGUUUCUGGCCUUUUCUCCGCUGAAGCAAAGGAUAUCGCUGUUGCUAGGGCGAUAGCACCGGGCGUUUUGGAUCAAGAUUUGUUUCAUAUUCAAACACUGCAGCAUCUGAUGAAGAUGACGAGGACUUGGGACUCAACCAUGUCCAUGAUACCUAAAGGCGGAGACACCAUUUGGGGCGAUCUUGAUUCUUCGCCCGAGGAUGACUACUUACCUAGCAAACGGAGGCAAAAUGCCACUGACGAGGCUAAAGAUGGGAGCUCGGAACCAAAACGAAAACGCAAGCAUUAUGGACGGAUCAUAUCAUUUGGAAAAGACAUUGCGGAGGCAGAUUCAUCUGAGAUCAACAGAGUUAACUUUCGGGGUGCUGUGAAGGGGAGGAAUGUGGCGAACGACACGUGUGUUGAUGUAUGGACAGAGUACCAAGAGAUGGGAUUUGGAGGCAUCAAAGCUGUUACUGAGUACAAAGCUUACACUGCUGGAGAUCUGGUCGAUCUCUUGAGCUUCGUUGCCCCAAAAAUGAUGGCGCGUGGCAGUGCUCACUUCUCGUACGGGAUAGCCGACGAUCUGGAUGAUCCCAAGUAUUUGCACUACAAGUACUGGUCGAAUCCGCUGGAGACGAGGUUGCCUAAUGCUCCGGACAUGGAGAUCUUUGCCAUGUAUGGAGUUGGCAUUCCGACCGAACGAGCCUACAUCUACACGGAGGCUCCUUGGGCAGAAUGCCACAUCCCUUUCCGGAUUGACACGUCUGCAAGCGAGGAAGAAGAAGAAGAUAUGUGCUUGAAGGAUGGUGUUUUGAAUGUGGAUGGGGAUGAGACGGUGCCAGUGUUGAGUGCCGGCUUCAUGAGCUCUAAGGGGUGGCGUGGGGCAACAAGGUUUAACCCGUCGGGGAUGAAGAACUUUGUGAGGGAGUACGAACAUGCCCCUCCGGCCAACUUUCUUGAGGGCCGGGGCACGCAGAGUGGCGCCCAUGUUGAUAUCAUGGGGAACUUUGCCUUGAUUGAGGACAUCAUGAGGGUCGCGGCCGGUGCCACCGGAGACGAGCUCGGGGGCGAUCGUGUAUACUCGGAUAUAUUCAAGUGGUCUCAAAAGAUUAAGCUAAAGUUGUAAGGUACUAAUGUAUAUAAUGUACACAUUUUACUAAGUUGAUUAUAUACACUUUUUUUCUUCAAA